AUGCUUUUCUCUCUCGAGCGAGCGCUAAUCCCUUCUCUGCCUCGCCUCUCCCUUGACGGCGGCGGUGGAUUUGGUGUAUCUGUUGUGUUUAUAGAUAGGAGGGCUGCUCUACCUAUCUCUAGACUAAACCUUGGAGAUGUUGUCGGAUUGGGUAGUCGUCGACCAGAUCUGGGAGUGCUUGGGUUUGUAGAUGGUGGUGGAGAUCUAUUGCUAGCUGAUCAUCGUAUGUUCUUUUACUUCAUUGAUUUAGAAGGUGGGUAUACUUUAGGUUUUUCAAUCUAUCUAGUGGAACUUGGAAAUGAACCUUUCCUCAAAACCUACAAGGACACAUUCCUCAACACCACAUUUCCAGCACUCCAAAACAUUCAAGCAGCCCUCAUAAAAACUGGGCUAGGAAGACAAGUGAAGGUCACUGUUCCACUAAACGCUGACGUCUACCAGACCGACACCGGUCUACCCUCCGGAGGUGAUUUCCGGUCUGACAUUCAUAGUCUCAUGCUCUCCAUCAUCAAGUUCCUCAGUGACAAUGGUGGUGCUCUCACCAUCAUUAUCUACCCCUUCCUUAGUCUCCAAGCUGACCCUGAUUUUCCCAAAGAAUAUGCCUUCUUCGACAACGGUGCAAAACCCGUUGUGGAUGGCUCCAUCUCCUACACCAACGUUCUUGACGCCAAUUUUGACACCUGCAUUGCUGCUCUGGAAAAGAAUGGCUUCCCCUCGGUGCCGGUUAUUGUCGGAGAGAUAGGGUGGCCGACUGAUGGUGACCCCAAUGCUAACAUAGAAAAUGCAAGAAGGUUCAAUCAAGGCCUUUUGGGUCGCAUACUUGCAAAGCAAGGCACCCCAUAGAGAUCAACCCCGCCUGACAUAUACAUAUUCGGACUCAUAGAUGAAGAUGACAAGAGUGUCCAACCUGAAUUUGAGCGGCAUUGGGGCGUCUUCAACUAUGAUGGCUCACUCAUAUACUCAUUGGAUAUAGGUAAUGGGAAAGAUUCGGUGGCUGCGAAAGGAGUACAAUACUUAGCCAGACAAUGGUGCAUAAUGUCACCUUCAGCAAGCACUUCGGACCCCAAUUUGGCCGGGAGCAUCAACUACGCUUGCUCUUAUGCCGAUUGCACUAGCCUUGGAUAUGGUUCUUCUUGUGGAAUGCUUGACGCAAAGAAUGCUUCUUAUGCUUUCAAUAUGUACUACCAAACCAAGAACCAAAGUAAAUCUGCAUGUCAAUUAUCGAAUCUGUCGAUCACCACAACUGUGGAUCCAUCUCCGACGUCGAAUGGCCAGAAUACUACUUGUCAGUUUAAGAUCAUGAUCGAUUUGUCGAAGCAUCAAAAAGCUCCUAGACGGCCUCCUCCUUCAUUGGCUGCAGGGCUGAGUGAGCAUAGCUCCCAAAGAGUCGUAAUGGCUUUACUUUUCCUUCUACUAGUCUCCACAUUGAUCGUCUAAUCCUUGCUCUUUGGACUUAGAGGCCA